CAUGGGCGGAAGCCAACGCGUCCCUUCUAUUUUCAGGCCCCACAUUUUUACAGAAACUCUUUAACUACCUCCUAUCAUAUUUUAAAUAAUACCCUUUCCUUUUAAAACCAUAACCCAAGGAGGGUUCCCCUCCCCUUUCCCAUUAAAUUAACCGAACCCGAAUCCUUCUACCUCUUCCAUUACUCCCAAAACCCGUUCCCUUCCCCCCCACCUCCUCUUCUCUCUUCCCUCUCCUUUCUUCUCCCUUUCUUUCCACACUUCUUGGGCUUAAACUCCCACUCCCCUCUUUCCUUCCCUUCCCUGCUUCUUUUCCCCUUUAAUUUUUCUCAUACCCUUUUAUUUUGUUUUCAUCUUCUAAGUUACCUCUCCACUACUUGGAAUCGCUUUUUUUUUUUUCCCAAUUAGUCUUAAUUAUUUCCUUAAUUAGAUUGGAUCUGGGCUUUUCAUCUUCAAGUCGUCGUCCUUUCCUCUCUGUCCCCUCCUCCAUUUGUCGAAACAGAACCCGAUUUAUUGACAAAGAAUACAGGCGAGUUUCCAUCUUUCUUUGAAUACGCGAAAAAAAUCGUCUGUGGAGACGUCUUAUGUACGGUCGAUUCGUGUGGUCUUGAACCCAAUGUCGUCCGACUUGCUUGAAGAUUAGGAAAUCCAUACCUACAUUUUCAGGCGGAUGAAAGACGGAUCUGAGGGGAGGAGUUUCAUUCUCCUCCCUCCUUGCACUCCGUAAAGGAAGAAAUUCGAUGUCAGAUCGAGGUUACCGGGAACUCAGAGUCGGAAUUUGAAGGUGCUUUUGAAUGGGGAAUACGUGCGUCGGCCCGACUUUUGCGAAAAGCGGCUUUUUCCAGUCUGUGUCCGCUGCCGCCAUAUGGAGAGCGAAGGCGCCGGAGCAGAUUCUCCCACCGGAUGGUCCCGACGCACGGUCGGAUCACCCUGCAGAAUCGACGCUUCCCGAACCGCCUGCUGUUCAGGACAGGCCUCCUUCUCCCAUAAAAAUGGCCGAAGAGGCACCAAAACCAGAACCCCAGGUGCCUAAGAAGUCGUCGCCAGCACCGUCGUCGGAUGUUAAGCGGCAGACCAGCAUCCGCAGUUGCGUUCUUGGGAGGAAGACGGAGAAUUUGAAGGAUCUCUACAGCCUUGGCAGGAAGCUUGGCCAGGGCCAGUUCGGAACCACUUAUCUUUGCGUAGAAAAGGCCACCGGAAAGGAGUAUGCCUGUAAAUCCAUCGCGAAGAGGAAGUUGACCACCGAGGAGGAUGUCGAAGACGUGAGGAGGGAAAUUCAGAUAAUGCACCACCUUGCUGGUCACCCGAACGUGAUAUCUAUUAAAGGCGCUUAUGAGGAUGCCGUCGCAGUUCACGUGGUCAUGGAGUUAUGUGCUGGUGGGGAGCUUUUCGAUAGAAUCAUCUCCAAGGGCCAUUAUACAGAAAGGCAAGCGGCCGAUCUUGCCAGAGUAAUUGUCCGGGUUGUGGAAGCAUGCCAUUCUCUGGGUGUCAUGCAUCGCGAUCUAAAGCCUGAGAAUUUCCUUUUCAUUGAUCAGAGUGAGGAAUCGCCGCUCAAAACUAUUGACUUCGGAUUGUCUAUAUUUUUCAAACCAGGAGAAAUUUUUAACGAUGUGGUUGGGAGCCCUUACUAUGUUGCACCAGAAGUACUCCGAAAACAUUACGGGCCAGAAGCAGAUGUAUGGAGUGCAGGUGUCAUCAUUUACAUCUUGUUAAGCGGAGUUCCUCCAUUUUGGGCUGAAACCGAGCAGGGCAUAUUUGAACAGGUUUUACAUGGUGAGCUUGAUUUUUCAAUGGAUCCUUGGCCAACAGCCUCAAACGAGGCAAAGGACUUGAUCAGAAGGAUGCUUGUUAGGAAUCCCAAAAAGCGGCUUACCGCUCAUGAAGUCUUAUGUCACCCUUGGGUUCAAGUUGAUGGGGUUGCACCUGAUAAGCCCCUCGAUUCUGCAGUUCUUACCCGUUUGAAGCAAUUCUCUGCAAUGAAUAAGCUGAAAAAGAUGGCUUUAAGAGUCAUUGCUGAAAGUCUCUCAGAAGAAGAGAUUGCUGGGCUAAAAGAAAUGUUCAAGAUGAUAGAUACUGACAACAGUGGAUCUAUCACUUUUGAGGAGCUUAAGGCUGGAUUGAAAAGGGUUGGUGCCAAUCUGAUGGAGUCUGAAAUCUACGCUUUAAUGGAGGCAGCGGAUAUAGACAAUAGCGGGACCAUUGACUAUGGAGAGUUUAUAGCUGCAACUCUUCAUUUAAAUAAAGCAGAACGAGAAGAUCAUCUAGUUGCAGCUUUCUCAUAUUUUGACAAAGAUGGGAGUGGAUACAUCACGCAAGAUGAACUUCAGCAAGUUUGUGAAGAAUUUGGUAUAGAAGAUGCUCGUCUAGAAGAGAUGAUCCGUGAAGUGGAUCAGGAUAAUGAUGGGCGGAUAGACUACAAUGAGUUUGUGGCUAUGAUGCAGAAAGGUCCUCCAGUUUUUGGUAAGAAAGGCCUGCAAAACAAUUUUAGCAUGGGUCUGAGAGAGGCGCUAAAAAUUGGGAUGUAGUUGUAACACUUGGUAACUUCUUUUCAUCAUUCGAUUCGUUCUUGGAGAACCAGUGACAUACAAGUUGUAAAAAUCUUCCCAAUUUGUGAGGUGGGAUCGAUCAAUUGAGUAUUGAUGUUGGUAAAGCUCUAAUUAGAUCCAUGCGAGCGGCCGUCUUGUAUUUAUUUGAAAUUUCUGGUCGGGAUAGAAUUGAGAUAGGUUUUUAUUGUAGAUACAGAAUCUGAUGUAUAAAGCACAUCAACUGUACCUUCUGGGUCAUUAAGUUGCCGAGGAACUCUUACCGCCGAGUUGCUUUGCUUUGUAUUUCUAAAGAUUGAUACUCGAGCUUCUUUGUAUUA